AUGCUACCUCUACUAAUUUUUCUGAUAAUUUGCUAUAAUGCCGAACCCUCCCGCUACCAACACAUCAACGAUGACGCUUUGCACUUUUCCCAGAGCGAUGAGGGUCCUCGUAUAGACCGGCACAGCUUCUUUAAGCAGUACUUUCGUUUGGGAUACAAGCUUAGCCUCUUUUGUCAAGCAUAUGGUACACCAAGACCGGAUAUGAGAUGGUAUAAAAAUGGAGUCGAAGUAGUUACUCGGCCUGGAUUGCAAAUCCGUAACCUCGCCAGUCGUGACACGCUAUCAUCUUAUCUGGAUAUUGAUCCUGCUAGAGUGCUGGAUGCUGGAGAAUAUGAGUGUGUGGCAAAUAAUACUUAUGGAUACCAUCUAGAACAUAUGCGCGCACAACUUCGACUAUAA